CAUUUUUUGCACGUUCGUUAAAAAAAAUCACUUUCCUCCUUUUUCUUCUGCUCUUGUUUGCUUUAGUUUUCAAUAUCUUACGCGCCCGCCAGUCAACGAAAGCAAGCAAAAGUUAUUACUUCCUGCAAUAGAAUUUUAUUGUCCGUGCGUGUGUCGUAAAUACGCGAGUUCGGAGGAAAUAUUCACCGAAAAAAAAGGAAAAAAUCAAGAUAACAUUGAGUGAAAAGAAAAAACGAAAAAAAUUGUAAAAAAUCUGUAAAAUUGUAGUUUUUCGUGACGAAAAAAGAAAUUUACUUACAAAAAUGAUUGAAGUGUGAAAAAAAGUGUCGAAAAACAAGUACCAGACGUCGUCACAGAAUGAAAUUUUAGUGAAAAAACACCGGCAUCAAUUUCAUUAAAUAUUUACGAAAUAUUUAUUUAUUUAUUUCGCAUCACAGAAAAGUGUGUCUCUGAAGUAAAAAGACACGACGGACUAGAAAAAUAUUUGAAUAAAUUUAAAAUAGUGAAAAAUAUCGAGGAAUGCAAAGUUUUGUCGUAGCAGACGAUAGUUGUUUUAUUGCAAAUUGAACAAGGGAGAGACAGUUUUAUGAAAACAUCGCCGCAGACUUUGCCGACUGAAAUUGUUAGAAAAGAUCAAAAUACGAAGAAAACCUCAAAUUAGCUGCCAAAAUGGCAUUAGUGAUGCUGCCAUGUGAUCUUCCUUGGUGGUCUGUCGUGCAAAAAAGACUGACUGCCAUUGAGGCGACAACCAAUCUUGACACCGUGCUCGACAACAUGCUGAAAAUUCACGAUUUGUGCAAUGUUAGCUUGGAUCCAGAUGAGGAGGAACGCGAUUCACACAUGCUCGAUGGCCUCAAAAAUUUCGUAGACGUAGAUUUAAGUGCGGAGGAAAAGACACACUUUGUAACGCAAACCGUAAAGACAAUUGCGCAACACGCAAGACAGCUGAAGACAUAUCGACCGCCGCGGGGACUCUCCUUUAGUUUGCAACAGCAGGCGGAUUCCGUGGAAUUGUCGUAUGAACUUGUUGCGUCAUUGCUUGCGAAUGCCUUCUUCUCUACAUUUCCCAAGCGCACGGAAAAAACACAUCCCACGUUGCAGGAUUUUAAUUUUACGCACUUUUUUAAGGAACUGCACAACAAUUCUCAAAAGGCCAAAUUACGAAGUUUUCUACAGUAUUUCGACUGGUUGUCGACGCAACCGUCUCCGCAAACGGGUUCCCUGAAAAUCUCCCGAAAAAUCAUGACGGGCAAACAGUGGUUGACUAUCGAAGAUUGGCUGGAAUGCACAUUGCCUCUUUGCGCGCUCACGAUAAAGCACGAAGGACGUUUCUCGAAGGCGGAUGACACGACGAUACAAACUGUUUUUGCCAGUACUCGCAUUGGCGGCGACGUUUUAGCGGGAGGAGCAUCUCAAGAAUCCAUCGUUAUGACACAAUUCCCGGAAUUAUUGGCAGUUUUGAUCUACGUCGAAGCGUUGGAAGACAACGAAGCGUUGAUUGUCGAGAAUGCGCGACAAGUAGCUAGAAUAAUUAAUACGAAGGAAAAAGUGAUAUUUGAACGACUCGAUGAACCACAAAAGACAUCAUUCUGUUGUAUCGAUCCGGAAGACUAUCACACGAUAUUCGUAGAGCAGUAUGAAGAAGACAAUAUUUUGCGUGAAUUAAACAAGUGCCUUAUAGGAUAUAGACAAAACACGACGUGCCCCCCAAUUGAGCAUCGAUGCCCGGCGAAGGAGCACAAAGAGCCUCAAGUGAGGGAACACACGGAUUACAGAAGUCGACUAUCUCCUGUUCAAGAAAUUACCACACCAACCGCUGACGUGAGUGCGACAAUCGUCAUCAAACAACCUUCCCAAACGAGUCCGCGUCACUCCAGUUGCGAUUCAAGUCGUCUCGUGAACGACAAGAACAAACGUCGUUCUUACCUUUGUCCUGAUAAUCUCAACAUUGGCGCCGCCAACAUCGGUCCUCUCACACUGAACGAUCGCAAGGGGCGCUUUAUCGUCUUGGGCUCUUCCGGCGAAUGUCUUCCAGUUAAUCGCAAGCCCGUUUCGCACGACAGUCUCUAUUCCAGCUGCGAAUCGAGCAACGACGAGUUCCACAGUGCGCACGAAAGUCCCGAACCCAAUUCCGAAGACGAAGAAGAUGAUUUCAUGAAACGCUACACGAAUGAACUCGACACGCCCGAAAGACGCAUGAGUUUUGCCAAAAAGCUGCGAGAUGCGCUGAAAUCGUCAGAUUUGAGUUUUUGUUCGGACAGCAGUAUCGAUGAGAAUUAUGCCGUUGGAAUUAGUAUAGCGGGUUCGCAGACAAAUGAUCCGAAUAUAACGUUGAGAAGAGGAGCUGGGUCACGUGGUUUCAUGUUGGAUGACUCGAUUGACGACGAGUUUUACAAGGAUUCGUUGCAGGAGGAGAAAGAAUGGGUAGAAAAGUUCAAGGGAAAGCAAAAUGGACCGAUUCAGCGCAAAGAUACAGGAAAAUCGUCGGAAUAUAGUUUUAGUACGGAAUUUAGUUCAGAGCUGGAGGAAGUUUAUGAGCAAUUUUCCAAAUGGCUCGAAGACCCGAUCGACAAAGACCAACCACGUGAAUUAGACCCACGUGAUGCAGCGGUUCUCAGAUUUGCAAGUUCCCUCCUUAAACGCACCUUAAGCGAGUCCUUUGUGGGUGUGCCAUUGACUGACGGUUGUGUUUCGAGCACGGGUGUCUCUGCCGAAGAGAGCUCCAUACAGAGCUACCAGCAGAAACGCAACAAAAUGAUACUUAAUGCGCGAUCCUUGUCUUUAGAGUUAGCCAAACACAAACAUAGAUUAGCUGCACAAUUGAUUUCGCAGAUGGCGGAGAAGAAAAAGACAAACGCAAAUCUCAAAACUGUCGUUACGGGAAAUUGGGGUUGCGGAAGUAGACUUAAAGGCGACGCACAAUUAAAAUUCGUUCUUCAGUGGAUGGCUGCUUCAGUUGCUGGUUGUGACAUUGUCUAUUACACUGCGGGGCAUCAACUCCUGUUAAAAGUUGACACUGUUCGUCGCGUUUUAAUCGAUCGAAAAUGGACAGUAGGUGAAUUGGCAUCGGCGGUAUUGCAACAUGCCCGUGAGACGUUAGAUGAUCAAGCGAGCGGUGUCAUGUGUAGUAUAAGACCCGUUUGCUUCUUUGAUAAGUUAUUAGGCCUUGAAGCAUCGAACUCUGUGACGGAAUAGAAAACGGAGCUUCAAUAUGUCUUCCUUCUUAUGAUAUUUUAAGUGAUUUUGACGUUUUGUUGCGAGAAAUUUUAAAACUGAAGGAAAUGUGAAAAAAAAAAUCAAAGUUGGCUUACUAAAAAAGUGUCUGAAAUAGUUUGAUUUGCAUUGUUCAGACAAUAAAAUUGUCAAAAAUUAAAAGUCUUUAAAAUUUAAAGGGAUAAAAGUAAAGAUAUUGAGGUUAGAAAUAAAAUUUAAAUAA